AUGUCUAAUUCUGCCAGACUUAUCGAUGUCAUCACCAAGGUGGCGUUACCCAUUGGUAUAAUUGCUAGCGGGAUUCAGUAUUCCAUGUAUGACGUAAAAGGCGGUUCUCGUGGUGUCAUUUUUGACAGGGUCAAUGGUGUGAAGCAACAGGUUGUGGGCGAAGGCACCCAUUUCUUGGUGCCUUGGCUACAGAAGGCCAUUAUAUACGAUGUAAGAACAAAACCAAAGAGCAUCGCUACUAAUACUGGUACGAGGGAUUUGCAAAUGGUGUCAUUGACCUUGAGAGUCUUGCACAGGCCAGAGGUCUUACAGCUACCUGCGAUAUACCAAAAUUUGGGCCUUGAUUACGACGAAAGAGUGUUGCCAUCUAUCGGCAAUGAGGUUUUAAAGUCUAUAGUGGCUCAAUUUGACGCAGCUGAGUUAAUUACCCAGAGAGAGAUCAUAUCUCAAAAAAUCAGAAAAGAGCUUUCUACAAGAGCCAAUGAAUUCGGCAUUAAGUUGGAAGAUGUCUCCAUCACUCAUAUGACGUUUGGCCCCGAAUUCACCAAAGCUGUUGAACAGAAGCAAAUUGCACAGCAAGAUGCCGAAAGAGCCAAGUUCCUCGUUGAAAAGGCGGAGCAAGAAAGGCAAGCUUCGGUCAUUAGGGCUGAAGGUGAAGCGGAAAGUGCCGAAUUCAUUUCAAAAGCUCUGGCUAAAGUCGGUGAUGGUUUGUUGUUGAUUAGAAGAUUAGAAGCUUCUAAGGAUAUCGCUCAAACUUUGGCAAACUCAUCUAAUGUUGUUUAUUUACCAAGCCAACACUCUGGUAGUGGUAAUAGUGAAUCCUCGGGAUCUCCAAAUUCCUUGCUUUUAAACAUUGGCCGUUAA